ACUGUACAGUAUUAUUCAAUUUUAUCUUGGUUGUCGUACAUUUCCAAAUUGCGAUGGGAGGCCACUCUGCUCUACAUGUACUAUUCGAUAAGACAUUGGGAAAUGAACCUAUACCUCGACCUCUUGAUUGGGACAAAUUGGAAAGAAUAAAUGAUGUAGAAAGCGGAAUGGCUUAUUUCAGACAAAAUGAAAAGUUACUACAGGCCACAAUAAAUGACAUUAUUCAGAAUCAACGUAAAAAACGUAGAGCGAUCAAAAAAUACGUGAAGUGUAAAAGUGAACAACAACAUGAAGAAUCCUUCAGUUUAUUUCUCAAAGAAAUGAAUAAACAGUUUGAAAAUAAGAAUCUAAUGUCAUUUCCUGAUUAUUCAACUCUGAAGGACUGCUUCAUAACACAAGAAAAUAUUUUAGAAAGACAGAAGUCUAAUAGCGAAAAUGAGGUUUGCGAACCACCUGGGAUAUUCUCUGAACAAGAUAUUCAGGAUCUGAAUCAGUUAAUUUAUAUCAAAUACGAUAUUUUGUGGAGAUGGAACAAAGCAUUAUUUAACUACGAAUUCGCUUCGAAAUAUAUGGAGCACACACUAAGUUUAUUACAAAGGAUGUAUAACGACUUUUAAUAAAAUGCUGGUUGAAAAUGUCCAUUACAAAUAUUGAUCACAUUAGUUCAAUCUCAUUUGUUCGAGAAUCCUGUUGAAGAUCCUGUAUUGACAUUUAAUAAAUUGCCUUAACAACCAAGUUUAAAUAAAAACCAU